CAUGUUCGUAUUUUUUGGUCUGAUAAUUGGAGUGGCAUGCUAUGCUGGUGCCCAUGUCGAAUGCUGAAGUGGAGCAUACACAGGGGAAUGCAGGCUAAUGGAAGCAGGCAGAGCAGGUGGGUGCGCUCGCACUCUAUUUGGUAAAGGCAGCGAGAGAUGGCUAAGUUGUCGUACGAGACUAUACAGGAGUCAGGUUAAAAAUAGCAGGCUCCGGAUCACCGACCCAAAUUGGACGCACUAGCCAGUGUGUUUAUAAAUGGCACAGACACCCAAUCAGCGCCCUUUUGGCUCUGCUUCAUCGCUCGUUUCCCUUUGCAACAUUUUCAUCAUGAAGGUCAAGAUCAAGGACUGGAAGGCAGUCGCUGGAUGGAGGUGGGAUGUCCCCGACGACGAUGUGUGUGGGAUCUGCCGCGCUCCGUUUGACGCAUGCUGCCCGUCGUGCAAGAUCCCUGGGGACGACUGCCCGCUGAUCUGGGGUGAAUGCACACACGUUUUCCAUAUGCACUGUUUGCUCAAGUGGCUUGGGACAGAGAGCAGCCAGCAGCAGUGCCCGAUGGACCGGCGGCCAUGGGUCACUGCCAGCUGACAGCAUGCAGCUACUGCAAAGAGGUCGAACCAAGAAAGCAUUGACUGGGGUUUGGAAGACGCUAUACAUGUCUGCAUUUCAGAAAAUUGUUCAAUAUAUCUCGUCAGUCACGUCG